CUUUUCAGUUAUAUAUCCAGUGAAAUACACGCUCACUCAGAUCAACCACUCGACCGGCGUACGCCCUCCCCGCAACCUCACAACAACUAUCGUUCUUCAAUGGCAUCAAGUCUCCCAUCAACAGUCUCGUCUUCACCUUGCCUUCCAUCAAUGUCAUCAAGAGUCUCCACCACAUCCGCCUCGUCGACGCGAAGACGAUCAGCUCCUGCCGCGUCCUCGCUGAUGAAGGGCAACAAGAAGGCGCCUCGAUCUAGAAACGGAUGCUGGACAUGCAGAAACCGAAAGAUCAAGUGUGAUGAGCUCCAUCCCAGAUGCACGCCUUGCACACGGUUAAAGAUCGCAUGCGACUACACCCGCCGCCUCAACUACAAAGAUGAUACCCCGAGAAUCAUGGUCAAGAUGUCGUCCAUGAUUGACACCACUGGCUGCCCUGUUUACGACGACAACGCACGAAGAAUCUUCACUCCUUACCAGUCCAUCCUCUCGGGCGACUACGAAGAAGACCACGACAACGGUUUCGUGAACUUCACCACGACAGACUUCUCGGGCGACCUCUCGGCCUCUGGCAGCCAAGCGCGAAAAUUCCCCUCGCUCAACUACGACGACAGCGACGGCUUCGACGACGACGAGUUCGAGGACAUGGACGAGGAGGUUCGGUACCCGCGCGCAAAGGCGGCCUCGCUGCCGGUUAAUAUGCUAUACUCGCACGUCGAGCCAAUGCGCUUCGGUGUCCCUGCUUCGGAGUCUUCGUGUCCUACGCCUGUCACGCGGAUUGACGAGGUGCAUUCUGAGUUUGGCUUCGCUGCCGGUGGCAACGCAAUCAAGAACGAGUUCGUCUUGUCGUCGAGCCCGUUCGUGGCUGGCCCAGAUGAGUGGUACUACCAGUCCAGUGGCCAUCCCUCGGCACAGCGGGCGCACCAGAGCCAGCAGCAGCACUUCAACCCCCAGCAGCAUCAGCAGGAGACAGACCAGCAGUCAGUAUUGAGCGCUCCAAAGACCUGGUCUGACAGCGCGUCAACGUGCUCGAGUUGGUCCCGUCCGUCGUCCUCGCCUUCGUCGCCACUGGACACGCUCCGCGAGAACUCGAGCUCGGAGUCGAGCUCAUGCAACCUCUUCAUGGGUGCGUCACAGCCGAUGGCUCAUCAACAGCAGCAACAUCAUCAGCAGCAGCAGCCUCAGUACCUUCCCUGCGCGCGACCGACAUUCUCAGCUCUGUACCCGCACAACCCGCAGCAGAAAGAGUUCGACGACAUGAACAACAUCCUGGCCUCCAACGAUCUCUCCAGCUGCUUGCGGAUGAUGCUCGCUGAGGAGAAGUCGGCUCCUGGCACUCUACCGAUGACGGCUCAUCCUGAAGAGUACAUGAACCAGAACCCGCGACUCAACUACCUGCAUCAGCGACUGCUCCAGCGUCUCCAGCCCGGAACUACUGAGUCCUCACAAGCCAACUUCCUGCAACACCAGCAGGCGCAGCAGCAACAGCAACAGCAACAGCAGCAGCAGCAGCAAUUCCAGGGCUUCAACUACAACGCAGGCUUUGGACUUCCUGGAUCGUUCGCUGCCUCCGAACUGAUGUACUGAGCUGGCUGUGCGCGGCUACAAAAAAAUCUAUCUUGUAUUAUCAUCAACUGUAAUUUUUUAUCUUUAUAUCUUGGAAGUGGUUUAUUUUAUUCUUGUAUAGGCGUUUCUAAUUAUUCAAUUUCUCUUUUAUCAAAGUGUUAUCUCUCUUGUCUUUCAAUUCUGUUUAUGCAAAUGUGUUUCUAAAGAUCGUGUGUAUGCGAAGUGAGUGAACAAAAUGAAAAUACAUAUCUCUGAUCAGCCUUUUCCACUUCUCAGUGAUAAAGAAUCUCCAUUCCUUUCCAAUAGAUUCCUCAGCUAUAUGAUUAUCAACCCGAAAACGCAGCGCUCGGUCUUGUCUCCACCCACUUCCGGCACCUGAGCCGGUGCCCCAUGCUCCCGCUCACA